UCUGUGCAUCGUCAUUUUCCAGCAAAGCGAGCAGUUACGUGGACCUUUCUCCAAGUUUUGCACUAUGAACCGCGACGGAAAGGGAACGGUUGUCAGUCGUAGUUGCUUCUGUGAACUCACGGAUCAGUCGCAUACUUGUUCGUCUGUUGCACGUGCUGUAACACCAGAAGUCAUGACCGGAAUCGAAGAGCAGUGCAGGGCAACACCUUGUCGUGGCCGUGGCAGCCGUGGAGGCCGUGGUGGCCGUGACAGGAAGCCCGCAGCAACCUGGGACGGGAUGUUCACGUUAGAUGAAGUGAAAAAUUCUCCCCCCGGUGCCAUGCCUGCGGCUUCUGAGCAACCUGUGACCCCGAUCAUCCUCAAACGAAAGAGUUCACCUGACAGACGUUGUUUUGAAGACGCUGCGAAGACCGGAGCGUACGGCUCCAGUGACUGGUCUCUUGUUCGUAGGGAGAGCCUUUCCCCCCAGCCUCGGAACGAGCCAACGAACGUCUGCAGUCAGCCUCGCAUCAAAAAGGACGCGUCCAGCCAAACGUCCAGCGCGGAGACUUCCGGCGCAGCGUGGAAGCUAGGGUUGCCAAGAGACAUGCUGAGCCUGCCUUCCGCAGGCGUGAGGCUGGAGGGAUGCGACGAGGACGUCGCUGCAGAGCAUCCGGGGCCACAGUACCCGCCUCUCUUCACGUUCGGCGUCUUCACGAACGACAUCCUGCUAGAGUGA